UGUCAUGGCUGCCCGCUGACGGCUAACGCUCCACGUGGGUAGAAAUGAGCAUAUUUCUGUCAAAUAAUUUCGACAGAUGUACUCCAAUGUUUAGAGUUGCAUUAAGAUAGUGGCUGAAAGCGAGAAGAAAUUGCGAGACCAGACCAGAAAGUUGUGGCGGUCAAAAUGUUGCUCGACGUGGAGAUCGCCAUCCUUCGAGGCUUUCUAACACCCAGCGAGGAGACGGAAUGGAAACAGGACAUCGACACUAUCGCAGAGAAGAGCUCGUUGUUGGAGGCCUUGAUGAAUGGGGAAUUUGAGGCAGUUCUGAGGAGCCCCCAGGUGUUAGUGCUGCUUACUGGAGAUGGUAAUUGUGAUGAGGGUGAAAAUAUUGAGGCCUACCUAGAGAGACUGAUCUUGUUGUACCUGACUGGUGACACAGAGGGGGAUCAAACCAACAGCUUCAGAGAACUGGUAGUGAUGGUCCUGGCCAUCUCUUGCCUCCACAUGUUUGUUCAAAGCAACUGGACCGGUCCUUCACUCAACAUCCAUCUCUCUGACCUGCUGCCCUCGGCCUUCUUCUCCUCUCAGCCUCAGUCCAUGGUAGAAGCUAUCCACUCAUGCCUUGUCCUGGAUGGUGAGUCUGUGUACAGCCUGGUGGCCAACCCAUUCCUGCUCCUUCUGGUGAGGGUUAUUCUCACCAAAUGCUCUUCCAAGAUGGAAAGGCUUCAGCUACUCCCCUGGUGGACUCUACGCUAUGUCAACAUCCACCAGCAAAUUCUGGAGGAGUGUUCUCAGCAGCUCCUCAAUUUGGGACUCAUGAGCAUGGAAAAAGUGCUAAAAUGCGAGUCUCUGUUCUCUGAGCAGAGAAACCUGGCAAUCCAGUUCCACUUGGAGUGUGUGUACUGUAGUCUGACCUACUACGAAUACAAGAGUGCCAAGGACCACAUAAAAAAAGCCAAGGAGCUGUCAAUGCUUGAUAUCAACAUGACUGGUGCCAUGGGAAAACGUACUUAUUUCCAGCAAAAGUACUUGGCUCAGCUCAUCCUUGAGGUCAAGAGAAAGCAGGAUCAGGAUCGAUCUGUUGCGAGUCCCUCACCAACACUGCACACUUUACUGCCCAAGGAUUGCAAUCUUGGGGAUGACACAGUGUUAGACAAGUUUAAUUUAGCAGAGCCAGACCAAUAUGAGCUCCCGGAACUCAGUGCAGAGGAGCAGGCUGUCAUCCUGGGGAUUUGCACUGAUUUUCACAAGAACAACCCUGUCUACAAACUGACGGAAGAAGAACUACUUGCUUUCACAUCAUGUUUACUGUCUCAGCCCAAGUUCUGGGCUGUGGAGGUGACAGCACUUUGCCUCAGGUCCAAACUGGAAAAAGGGAGUUCCCGGUGUAUUGAGAGAGCCAUGAUACAAACUCAGGCAAUAGUAGACCAUUUUGAAGACAAGAACUGUCCCUUGACUGAGCGUCUGAAAGUCUUUUACUGCUGCCAUGCUCCAACCAGAUGGGUUGUCCAGAAACAGUUGGCGACUCUUCUGACAGACCUUGCCUGCAUCAGUUCAGCUCUACUCAUUUACGAAAAGCUGCAGCUAUGGGAAGAUGUUAUCAUAUGCUAUGAGAGACUUGGCCAACAUGGCAAGGCUGAAGAGAUUGUUCGUAGGGAGUUGGAGAAGAAGGAGACUCCGAGUCUGUACUGCCUACUCGGGGACAUCUUAAGAGAUCAUCAGUACUAUAACCGGGCUUGGGAGCUAUCAGGCCAUCGCAGUGCCAGAGCCAUGCGCUCCAAAGCCUUGCUACAUCUUCAUAACAAGGAAUUCCAGCAGUGUGUUGACUGCUUUGAAAAGUCACUUAAAAUCAACGCUCUGCAGCUUGGUGUGUGGUUUUCCCUCGGUUGUGCCUACUUAACCUUGGAGGGCUACGAGGGAGCGGCCAAGGCUUUCAAAAGAUGUGUAGGACUGGAGCCAGAUAAUGCAGAAGCAUGGAACAAUCUCUCUACAGCAUACAUUCGCCUACGAAAUAAAAACAAAGCCUUCCGCACCCUCCAGGAAGCCCUCAAGUGCAACUUCGAACACUGGCAGAUAUGGGAAAAUUUUAUUGUUGUCAGUGUUGACAUCGGUGCCUUCAAUGAAGCCAUCAAGGCCUACCAUCGUCUAAUGGAUCUCAAGGACAAAUACAAGGACAUCCCGAUUGUUAAGAUUCUAGUUAGGGCUGUUGUUGAAAAGUUGAAAGACAGCCAGGGUGAGGAGACAGCAUCUUUGCAGUCCAAACUAAGGGAACUAAUGGGCCGGAUCAGUUCUCGCCACAGCAAUGACCCUGAAAUAUGGCAGCAGUAUGCUGUGCUGUAUGGGGGUGGCCACGGCUCCAACGCAGAGGAGAAUGAGAAGGCACUGCAGUUCUUGUCCAAGGCUUAUCGCUGUGAGCUUCAAUCAAGUGGCUGGGAAAACGAGCCAGACCUUUUUAAGGAAGUGAUCAAAAGAGCCAUAAAUAUGGGGGAAAUAACCAUCAGUUGCAGCAAGAAGAAAACUAAUCCUGCAGAAGCUCUUCAAAUGCUCUCCUCAACACGCCUCAGCUUGAGGGGCUUGGCCACCAAAGCAAAGCAAAUGCACACCGACGUGGCUUCUGGCGAGAUCCAUGGUGAGCUGCAAGACGAUGUUGCUGUUCUAGAGCAGCUUGUUACGGAACUGCAGGAGCUGUGUGGAGAACUACGUGGCAAAUUAUCGUGAACACCAAUACAAAGAAGUCUCACUAGCUUCACAGCUCUUUUUUUCCUCCUUAAUCUGUAGAUUCUACGAAUGUGAAAACAGCAACUAUAAAACGUGCAUUAUGAAUUUUAAAGCCUUGUAAUCAGUCAAAUUAAUAACUGAUAUGUUAUGAAAACAGUGAGAUGGCAUGUUCUCCCUGUGCUUGUGUGGGGUUUUUUCCACGUUCUUAAGCUUCCUCUCACCUUCCAAAAUUCCAAAAUCAUGCAUGUUGAGGUUAAUUGUAGACUAAUUUGUCUGUAGAUCUGAAUGUCAGUGUAAAUGCUUAUCUAUUACUGUGUGUCCCCUGCGAUUGACUGGCAAACAUUCCAUGGUAUAUCCCGCCUCUCUCCCAAAGUCAGCUCGGAUCGGCCAUAGUUACCCACGAGUGCUUUCGAAAAUGGAUGGUUGGAUUGAUAUAUUCAGUACAAGAUUGAAUACAAGUACAGUUGAAAUCAGAAGUUUACAUACACUAUAUAAAAAGACACGCUCCCCCCCCCUCGCCUUCUUACAUGGAAUCACACUAAACGUUUCUUGUUUUAGAUCAAUUAGGAUUACCAACGUUUGCUAAAUAGAAUAUCAAUGAUUAUUUUUGAUAAUUCUAAUUGACCUAAAAUAUGAAGUCUGAAAAAGUAUUUGUAACAACAAAAAAAAAGAAAAAAGUGUAUGUAACAUGGGGUUUAUUUUUUCACCCAGAAGAAUGUUUGCUGACUGACAUGACUAAAACUGUCUCUAGUAGGCACAAACAAAUCCAGCUGUUUGACAUACAGUGGCUCUAAAAUGGCAGUUUUGUGAUAUACAAAAAAGACCAAUAUAAAUAUAUCUGGUGUUAAUUUUCACUCACUCUAUCAAAGCUUUCAUUUUUGUUCCAAUUGAGUUGUACAUUUAUAGGUCACAUUAAGGGUGGAAAAAGUUUUGAAAUGAUUUUCCUUGGUCUCAUUUUAUUAUAUCCCAAAAACUAGGCAUUUGAACAGAGGUGUGUAGACUUUUUAUAUCCACUGCAUAUAUUGUUAAAAUGUUUCCCUCUUUUGGCUAAGUUAAGUCACAAAUGACAAUUAAUUGCUCUUUAAUCAGUGUAUCAUUUUUGGCGGAAAUUGAUCAGAAAGUGGACAAUGAACCUCUUCACCCCUUUUGAAUUUGACUUGAAAACACUGAGCACAUAUUACACCGCUGCCCAGAUAUAAGGAAAAAAAAGGUUCUCAAAACCUCAAAAAAAUCUCAAAAAAUAUACUGUACAUCAAAGCAUCGACCAACUAUAGCAUUCUAUUUUUGAGAUUUCCUUAAUCUCUUAGUGCUCGUUGCCAUUUUCUGUGAACUAUUGUUGUGGUUGGAGGGCUAUGUGACUAGGAGCUCCUAUGUAUUUUUGCCUUUGUCCAAAGUGACUUUUAAUAAAUGCAUUUCACAGUCUAAAUAUGUUGUCGCUUAGUUAUCCGCUUCAAAAAGAAGUGUUUUGAAAUGAACCCUGAUGUUUUCACGUGCGAUGGCGAUUGAUUUGACUGUUCUGAAAGAAGGGGGCUGGUUUCAUCGUAGUACCACGGAGGAAAGAGGAGUCUCUAUUCAACCAAUUGAUUUAUACGGUAGAGCAACAGAGGCGUACUGGUUUCCAGCAAAGAUGAAGGAACAGACUGUGUGCAGUGUUAGCCAAGAUUGAAGAGAAGACCAAAGCCUAAUGUGUAUCACGGAGAGUCAAGCAGACAAGUGGGUGUCAAUUUAACCACAGUUGUGAAGGUGAGUUACAAGUGAAUUAAGGUUGCUUGAAUCGGUCAGGUAGCAGCAUUCCAAGUCCAGACCUCAAGAGAGCACUAAUAGUUAAAUAGCAAAACUUCGUCAUCGUCAUAGCACCCCCUUCCCAACCUUUAGUUACUCUAAUUAUCUUGUUCAAACACUAAUCAACUGAAAAUGCAGCCCUAUGGGGGGCACAGGUCAGUGCAAUCUGUAGGCUUGUCCCAAGCCCGGAUAAAUGCAGAGGGUU